AUGGCACCUAGAGAAAGAGGAGGAGGAGCAACAGGAAGAGGAGCAACAGGUGGAGGAGAAGCAAGAGAAGGAGGUAGCAGGAGGAGCAGCAAGAGGAGUAGGCAGCAGGAGAAGCAGCAAGAGGAGAGGCAGCAAGAAGAGGAGCAGCAGGAGAAGGAGCACCAAGAGGAGGAGGAGCAGCAGCAGGAGGAGCAACAGGAAAAGGAGCAGCAAGAGGAACAGGAUGAGGAGGAGAAGCAGCAAGAGGAGAAACAGGAAGAGCAGGAGGAGAAGGAGGAAAAGCAAGAGGAGGAACAGCAGGAGGAGGAGGAACAGAAGGAGCAGCAAGAGGAGAAACAGGAAGAGCAGGAGGAGAAGGAGGAAACGCAAGAGAAGGAGCAGCAGGAGGAGGAACAACAUGAUGAGGAUCAGCAAGAGGAGGAGCAACAGAAGGAGCAGCAAGAGGAGGAGCAGUUGUAUUUACCUCCAGAUCGUAUUUCCGCUUCAUUAAGAAGUCUAGUUUGA